GGAAUCCCUCAGGCCCGCCAUUCCUCACCACCUGCCUCUUUGUCCACCGCGACCUGGGCACUGAUACUACUUUAGUAUACUGCUUACAACUUACGUUGCAACAUGUCUUAUUCCUCGGCGCUGUCACCCAUUAUCAACUCUUAUCAAGCUCUCCUGCGUCCGAUACCCGCCUUUGCAUGGCUAGGAUUUCCCCUUACGACACUUGACUUGGGCGCUACAGUCCGACUAUGCCUUGUGAUGCGUCAAAUACGUGAAGCGAACCUUGUCGCUCACGUUAAGAAACGUCAAGUAACGUCCGGCUCAAGUAACGCGAAGGAUAAUGGCGUAGAAGAACGCAGCAUAGUCCGCGAUUUAACAGCCACAUUAAUCGUUGUAUAUGGUGGAGAGGCAAUCACUGCCCCGUUGCUUAACCAAACGCCGUCGUUCAUGAUUUCCGGAACUGUCCCUUUGCUUUAUACCUUAACGCAAGCGGUCGUGGAAUACCUACCCAACUCUUUGUUGCCGGUAUUCAACUUCCAAUCCGAGUUGCCUUUGGCGGCGUUCGACGCUCUUACCCGUGCAUUCUUGCUAUGCAACCUCAUACCCCCGAUGGUGGUGGCCAGCGCCUCUUCGGCGGUAUCCACCUCACCGUGGACACUGCUCAUCACGUCUUUGAUCACAGCGAACACGGGUUUCUUCGUGCUCAAUUCGUUAUCGUUCCUCCAACCCGGACCUCUCUCUCUCACCACGCCGGCCGAGCUACUCCCCUAUGGCUGGUCAACGACGGACCUCUGGUGUGCGCCGUUGAUAACGGGGCUAUACGCCCUGCUUACGCAUGCCCAACCCUUCUGGGCGGAAGCGCAUGCCAUCCUUGCCGGGUUGCUCGGGUCUAUCCCAGAGGACCCGACAACCACCGAGAAGAGCCCCGGUGUGCAACCUCUCGACGCGGAGACAGCCAGAGCUGUGUGCGCCGCGGUGCUGGGUGUAAUGUUCGUUGCUCGCGCCGUGAAAAACUACGGCGGCGGGUAUAGGCGAUCGUGGCAGUCCAAACGCAACGUGAAGGUGAUCUCACGACACGGCAAAAGCCGUUCUGUGAACUCUGUGGGCAAGAUCAAGGUCCAAUGAUGCUUCUGCGAAUUGCUGCCGAUUGGUGGUCACAUCACCUCCCGAGAUUGAAUAACAGUUUCACUGCAGGACACUUUCCCGUGUAUAGAUGCAGCACAAGAGCUGACCGCAGAUAUAGACAAUGCCCUAUUGCUCGGCCUGUAAAUGUAAUACUGCAGCGCUCAG